GAGGCAGUCACUGCUUGAGUCCUGGCCCUGGGUAUGAUUGGAGGAAAGGGCUCAUCAUGAGGACCUGGGGGCUGGAUCAGGAGGCGCUCUUGGGACUAGGAAGAGCCUUCUUGAGUGGGCUGAUGGGAAACCGGAAGUCUUUGAGCUGUGAUCCCUCUGCCUUCCAGAAGCCCAGUCUGUGCUUGCAGAUCCCAGGACUGAGAGGGAAUGGCUCCUGGGAGCAGCAGACCCCCAGCCCAGGGCUUCCUGUUCCCAGAGAAGAUGUGAUCUCUUAUUUUGAGCAAAGGGAAGCGCCGUGGAUGCUGGAGCAAGCAGGCCUGAGGCGCUGCUGUGCAGGAGAGAUCAGACUUGAAAUAAAAGAGACUCCUGCAGAGAUAUGGCUUUCUGUGGAAGAAACUCAGCACCAAAUAUGCAUAAAUAAUGAUCCCUCUGACUUUGAUAGGAGAGAAAUCUGUGCUGUAACACACCAGAGAAUUCACACUGGGGAGAAACCUUUUGAAUGUAAUCAAUGUGGAAAGAUUUUCACUUGGAAGUCUGAUCUUGUAAAACAUCAGAGAAUCCACACUGGAGAGAAACCAUUUGAAUGUAAUCAACGAGGAAAGACUUUUACAUCAAGGUCCAAUCUUGUAAAACAUCAGAGAAUCCACACUGGAGAGAAACCGUUUGAAUGGAAUCAAUGUGGAAAGACUUUCACAUGUAGGUCAACUCUUGUUAAGCAUCAGAGAAUUCAUACUGGAGAGAAACCUUUUGAAUGUAAUCAAUGUGGAAAGACUUUUAUAUCAAGGUCCCAUGUUGUAAAACAUCAGAGAAUACACACUGGAGAGAAACCGUUUGAAUGCAAUCAAUGUGGAAAGACUUUGACAUGUAGGUCAACUCUUGUAAAACAUCAGAGAAUCCACACUGGAGAGAAACCGUUUGAAUGUAAUCAAUGUGGAAAGACUUUUACAUCGAGGUCCGAUCUUGUAAAACAUCAGAGAAUACACACCGGAGAGAAACCCUUUGAAUGCAAUCAAUGUGGAAAGACUUUCACUUGGAGGGACAAUCUUGUUAACCAUCAGAGAAUUCACACUGGAGAGAAACCUUAUGAAUGUAAUCAAUGUGGAAAGACUUUUAUAUCGAGGUCCCAUGUUGUAAAACAUCAGAGAAUGCACACUGGAGAGAAACCUUUUGAAUGUAAUCUAUGCGGAAAGACUUUCACUCGGAGGGACAAUCUUGUUAACCAUCAGAGAAUUCACACUGGAGAGAAACCUUUUGAAUGUAAUCAAUGUGGAAAGACUUUCACUUGGAAGUUCGAUCUUGUAAAACAUCAGAGAAUACACACUGGAGAGAAACCGUUUGAAUGUAAUCAAUGUGGAAAGACUUUUACAUCGAGUUCUGGUCUUGUAAAACAUCAGAGAAUCCACACUGGAGUGAAACCGUUUGAAUGUAAUCAAUGUGGAAAGACUUUCAUUCGGAGGGAAAAUCUUGUUAACCAUCAGAGAAUCCACACUGGAGAGAAACCUUUUGAAUGUAAUCAUUGUGGAAAGGCUUUCACUUGGAGGUCCAAUCUUGUUAAGCAUCAGAGAAUCCACACUGGAGAGAAACCUUUUGAAUGUAAUCAGUGUGGAUAGACUUUCACAUCGAGGUCAGCUCUUUUUCACCAUCAGAGAACCCACAGUGGAGAGAAACCUUUUGGGUGUAAUCAAUGUGGAAAGAGUUUCACAUGGAAGUCAGUUCUUGUUAAUCAUCAGAGAAUCCACAGUGGAGAGAAACACCUUAUGAAUGUAGUCACUGUGGUAAAGCCUUCAUUGUAAAGCGAGCCCUCGUUUUUCAUCAGAGAAUUCAUAGGAAAUAGGAAUCUUACAUAACUGACAUGAAUGAGGAAAGGUCUUGAAAUGGACUACAGAGCUUCUUUGACAGCAAAAAAUUCACUCUGGUUAUAAGUGUAGGCAUUAAAAUUAACCUCAGGCUCCCCAAGAAGAGCUGCCCCCCACCCCCCCCACUCCAUUUUAGCUGGUGGGGUUGGGUGGGGCUCUGAGCUUAGCUAAGCUGCAUGGACAAAAAGCACCAGGUGAGGCAUGGCGCUGCCUGUGCGCACAUCGGAAAAAGGCGCACCAAAAACUAGAGAGAUGCUGGGGUUUGCUUCACCCAGCCUGAGUUUUAUCUGAGAGAGGAGGUUAAUAAAAAGAGAUGC